AUGGCUGAGAAUUACAUCCUGCGCAUCACAGCUGGUCCUCAUUAUGACCCGAGCCAACAGGUCGAGGUUCCAGUCAACACUGCCAAGCCCAUCACCAUCAAGAGCGACCGCGCCGAUAUUGAACUCAACAUCCGCAUCAACGACUACAAGGGUCUGCCAAGAAACUCACCCUCAACAUCUCCCUACUUUUCAACUGAGCCUCACGCCUACAACCGGGAUCAAUACAGCAUUUCAUUCCGUUUCACACCAAAGAAACCUUCUAGCGGCGACACUGAUGACGCCUCCGGGAUCAAGGCCACCGACUUACAAUUCGGCAAUGACUUUGACCACCCUAUUCGAGACCGCCUACCACCAGGAUUUAACACGGCUAUGGGCAUAGUUCGAUGGUGGAUUGAUCCUGGUCUGGACGGCGACGCUUACGCCGAUAAACCUUACUUGUAUGGCCCAGCAUUGAGCUCCUUCAAUACUAUCCACGUUGGUGAGGGCGAUUUUGAUGAAGAGAAGGGCGGACUCUGGUUCGAGGAAGGUGGUGACGAGGAAGGUCUCGAGGCUCGUGAAGAAGUUGGCGCCCCUCUCACCAGCAAGGCUCGAAUGAAGUGGGCUCUCAGGGCGGAUAGCAAAGAGAAAUGGGUGUUCGAGUAUGGUCAGACAUAUGGCUUCGACUUCUUCAACCCCUAUCUGAACUUUUCCGACCUCGCUCUGAACCUCCCUGGAUUUCAGCUACCCAUAAUGAAGUACUGGGAUGGUCAAGGUCUCAGAUAUGUCCUGCGCAACAAAGAAACGGAAGAGCCAUAUCUCGUCAUCUUGUUCUCGCUGUACCACAAGGAUUACGUGAACGAGGACGGUUCGUUGAAGGAAGGCGCUCACGAUUCGUUAAAUCUGCCCGACCAAGUCGACACACAGCACGACGACGAAUUCGAUGGAGAAGGAGCACUAAAGGAGGCGACGGAACAAUUGGGCCCCAAAAUUGAUGAGAAAGGGAAUGGACAGACUAGCGCGGAUGAUAUCGACUGA